AUGGACGACGAUAACAUCGACAUGGCGCCGGCCCCAGACCUUGCGCCAGAACCUGCCUCGAAUCCCGUGUCUGAGCCUCCCUCAGCACAAGCACCGCGAGCUAGGCGCAGUAUAGACGAGCGUCAGCGUGGAAGACGCCUCUUUGGCAUGCUGCACUCGACGCUAACGCAGGCGCGCGAUGCACAAACGCCAACGCGCCAUGCGUCGUCGCAUCCAGACCAGGACAGACGGCAGGACGUUUCGUCUCCACCAUCGGCGCCGGAAGCCGCCCUAACAUCUACAUCGCAGGCAUCAGCCCGGCAACAGGAUUCACACGAAGCAGAACGCCGUCGGCAUGAUGCAGAACGGGCUAGCAUGCGUCAAAAGGCACAGCGUGUGCGAGACCUCGCAGAGUCACUCGUGGCCUUUGAAAUGGCUCAUCGAAUGGCACGUGCGAAUAAGCGGCGGCUCUCGUCGUUUCUUGUUACUCACACGAAGAAGAAUGCAAGCAACUCAAAUGCGCUGGCGCCUCGAGAUGCGAUGGAAGUCACAGCUACCACAGCCGCACGUAUUGUGCCACAAGUGCCGCUUUGUGGAGCGGUCGAGAACAACGCCAUGUUGACAGCGGAUUACGAAGUGUACUAUCUGCCACGUAAGCUCCUACCAACACAGGAAGAUGCGCUGGACGAGCAGGAAGAGCGUGUGGAUGAAGACAUGGACAAGGCUGACGAUGAUUGGGACCAGGCCCGGGAGGCUAUGCAGAAAGAACUGCAAGAGACAAAGGCUGAACUGAUGCGACACCAUGUGGCCUGGUGA